GUGAUGACGUUAUGAAACGCACCUGAACGCUGUACCGCCAAAUAGGGACAUCCCUUCUCUGUGUUCAGUUUGCUUUUUUAAGGAUUUUAUUUAGUUCAUUCAAAUCGGCUGAUAGCGUCAAGUGUUUGGAGACAAAUUAUUAUUGUGAGUUGGACGCCUUUACGCGAGUUGCUGGGACUUGUCUGAGAAGUUUUACAGGAACCGGAGAUGGAGGAAUUAACGAUAUUCGAGCAGCAUACUAUAACACUCGGCAAAGAUUCCAAGAUGGGGUUUGGCUUUGCGAUAUCAGGAGGCAGAGACCAGCCUAACCCGGACUCAGGGGACACAGCCGUGAUAGUUUCAGAUGUGGUACGGAACGGACCCGCUAUGGGACGGCUGUUCGUCAGAGAUCAGAUCGUCAUGGUCAAUGGCGUGUCAAUGGAGAAUGUCUACUCUACCUUCACCAUCCAGAACCUCAAGUCAUGUGGCAAAACAGCCAACAUAACAGUGAAGCGUCCUCGUAAGAUCCAGCUCCCCGCCAGCACCAGACCCUCGCGUGCUGCCUCUUACUCCAACCUGCUGGACCAGGACCCCCCACAGAGGCCCCGACGCUACUCCGAUGGUAGUGACCAGGCCCACAAAGCUGACCGCAACAGAACCGCUCAUGCCUUGCCGCUAAGUUCAGGGUACAAACGGCUCCCACAGCAGGCCUUCCCAGACAAGCCAAUCAAAGCUACCCUGCUGAAGAAGAAACUCACAGACGAGUAUGGACUGAAGUUGGGAAGCCAGAUCUUCAUCAAACACAUGACUGAGACGGGUCUGGCUGCCAAGGAGGGCACUCUGCAGGAGGGAGACCUCAUUCUCAAGAUCAAUGGGAUGACCACAGAGAACCUGUCUCUUCUGGAGACCAAGCACCUUGUGGAGAAGUCCCGGGGAAAGCUGACCAUGAUGGUCCUGCGAGACGACCGCAAGUUCCUGGUCAGCAUCCCAGAAGUGCAGGACAGUGCCCCCAGCAGUGAGGAGGACCACCGCGGCAACAGCAGCUCUGAACUGGAGGACAUUUCAGACCUGGAUACAGACAUCCCCACUCCCAGAGACAGAGUGUCACGCUCUGCAACUAGAGAACGACGCACACGCAGAAGAGCUGAUCCUCCUCUAGUAGUUAAGUCACGUGAUCCGUCCCCGGUGCGGUCGACACUGUCCCGGCCUGUUGCUAAAGCCUACCCCUCUCACCGAGCCCUCUCAGAGUCUGAGUCUGACCGUAGUGCAUCACCAACUCCUGUCAGGAAGGACAGCCCAGACCAUGCCAACAAAUAUAGAACUCUUUCAGGGCUGUCCACCCUCCCCAACCCCAAAGCCUCACCUGCCGUCUUUGACUGGGUCGCCCCACGUUCCUCCCGUCCCUCCUCCUCCACCUUGAGACCUCGCAAAGUGGUGUCAGAGUCGGACUCGGACCGCAGUGCCUCCCCACCCCCCAGAAGAGGAGAGAGUUCCCGAGUCAUAGAGGACCACUCCAGAUACAGAGUGCUCCCUAACCUGCCCCACCCUAGGACACUGAGAGCCUCCCCCAUCACCAUUCGUCAGGAUCCUCCUCGACGGGUGUCCUCUCCUGUCAAAGCACCACUCCCAGAUUCUGAAUCUGAGUCAGACAGCAGCUCCGGGCCCGCCCACAGCCAGGACUCCCGGAGCAGAUACAGAGCCACUCCCUUGGUAGCCAUGUUUCCCCAGGUGGAGCCCCCCAAGUGGAAAGCCCCCAGUGUCACAAGGAGCAAUCCUGCUAAAGGGCACUCAGGAUCCGAGUCGGAGGCAAGUUACGCAUCCGUCCCUCGACGGGAGUCUAUAGACAGUGGAGGCUCCAUCUCCAGGGUAUCCAAGAACAGAUACAGAGCUCUGCCUGAGAUGAAGUCUUCUCCAGCUCCAGUAGUGAGACAGGACCCCCCUCGACAAGGCAUGACCUCCUCCAGUCCAGUCUCAGGUUCCUCUGAUUCGGACCGUACACCCUCACCCCCUAGGAGGUCUGGGAGUACAGAUGUGGAGAGCAACCACAGUAUUCCACACAGAGUCAAUGGCGAUGUCCACACUGGGAUAUCAAUGAAGCGCAACCAUCCAGUCUACUCCAAGACGGAGGAACCCCUCUACUCCCUCCCCCCAGACUCCAUUCCUACACCUGGCUUGGGCUCAGAUCUGAACACAGUGUCGUUUGUGAAGGAGGGGAGCGUUGGUCUGAGACUGGUGGGAGGCAACGAUGUGGGCAUCUUUGUGGAUGGGGUUCGCCCCAACAGCCCCGCUCAGGAGCAGGGUAUGAAGGAGGGGGACCAGAUCAUGCAGGUGAAUGGGGUGGACUUCGGUUAUUUCACCCGUGAGGAAGCUGCAAUGUUCCUGAUCAACAUCAAGAGAGGGGAGCCGGUCAACAUCCGUACUCAGAACAAGAUGGACAUUUACAAGAAGAUCCUGAAGUCCAACCUGGGGGACUCGUUCUACGUCCGGACCCACUAUGACAAUGUGGCGGAGGGCGACAUUGGCCUAGCCUUCACCAGGGGAGAGGUGUUCAGGGUGGUGGACACCAUGCACAGGGGCAAGCUGGGAAAGUGGCUGGCUAUACGCAUGGGCAACGACCUGCAUGAGCUGGACAAGGGCACCAUCCCCAACCAGGUCAGGGCCGAGACUCUGGCCAGAAUGGAGCAGGCUCAGAGGGCCAGUGGAGAAGGGGAUCGCCAGGUAUCAGGGCCCAGGGUAGAGUUCUGGAAACUACGGAGGCUCAGAGGGGCCAAGAAGAACGUCCGCAGGACUCAUGAUGACCUGCUCCAGCUUACCAUCCAGGGCAAAUUCCCAGCAUACGAGAGAGUUCUGCUCAGAAAAGCUAAUUUCAAACGGCCAAUCGUCAUCAUGGGUCCUCUGAACGAUGUGGCCAUGGAGAAGCUGGCCAGAGAGAUGCCUGAUGAAUAUGAGGUGGCAGAGAUGGCUCCUCGUAGUAGUGGCGGAGACACUACUUCCACUGUCAUCAAACUGGACACAGUACGAAGGAUUGCAGAGAAGAACAAGCACCCUCUGCUGGACAUUACUCCUACUGCCGUGGAGCAUCUGAACUACAUCCAGUACCACCCCAUGGUUCUGUUCCUGGACCCACACAGCAGGAAGGACGUCAAGGUCAUAAGGCAGAGGAUGUGCCCCAACUCCAACAAGAGCUCUAGACGCCUCUACACACAGGCACUCAAGAUGAGGAAGCACUGCAGCCAUCUGUUCACAGCUCGUAUUGAUCUCCAGCCCAGCUCUAAUGUGUGGUAUGAGACUGUGAAAGACAAGAUCAGACACCAGCAGGCCAAACCUGUCUGGGACUCAGAAGUCACGUUGGAGGGAGGCGGAGAGGAGGAACUGGAUGCAUUGGACCGGACCCACUCGGACUACCUGAGUGCUGCCAGCGAACUGGAGGACACAGACAGAGAGGUCUACACUGAUAAUGAGGACCUGGAGGAACCAUUUGAUCCCAGCAAUCAUCCCCGGAUGUCCAGGCUAACCGCUCUGGCCCGGUCUUCAGAACCUGCCUCUGAGUACCCCUCCCCCGAGUCCCAGAGAGAGGUUCCACCCCUGAUGCAUGUGUCUGAGCCCAGAUCGACCUGUCGUCCAUCUGACAGCCCUCCCCACGUUGACGUUGCUGAUGAAAUCCGACCCUAUCAUAGCUUCUCAGAUUCGGACUUCAGUGCCAUUGACCAGGCUUUUCCGACCACCCCCUCGGACACACCCCCUGACUUCAUAGCCCCUGACCCCAGAGUCUCUGUGCGUGAGCCCCCAUUGGCUGAACUGCUGCCAGAGAGCCCCCCAGCUGUCACACUGUCAGUAAUAGAGAAGAAACUUCAACAGGUACUGGUGGGACUGUCACAGUUCAGCAUAGCACAAACUCUUACAGAUCCUCUAACUCGCAGUUUCCUUCCAAAGGCUAAAUUACUCUUAACUUGGUCUCCAGUGAUUUUGACUCAUGACCUCUUUCCCUCUUUCAGACCCGUAUGGCAGAAUCUCAGGAGAGGAAAGCGUCUCCAUUGUUCAUUGUGUUGGCUCACCAUCAGGCUGUCCAAACGAGACGCACUCGGAUCCAAGGCAGUGACAGCUCUGACAAUGAAGAGACUGAUGACAUUGAGUGGGGUCCAGCUACAGAACUUUAGAUUAGACCACACCAUUCCAGAACUAUAACUCUAGAGUGCACAGACAACGGCCGUGUUCGAGAACAUCAAAACCGUGAUGUGACUGACUGAUCUACAAAUCAUAAUCAGUCGCUAUUUAUGAUAAAGUUCAGUCAUUCGGCAGUCGCCUGCACAAACAAGGCAAUAGCCUCUUAAAUGGGAGAUGUGAAAUGCUCUCAACUUCAACCUUCAAGGAUCACUUGGUUUGUUUUGUCCUUCUGUUGGACCAACAUCUUCUUUGGAGAGGUAAGUUGGAGGGCCAAUGCUAGGGCUGCCUUCAGACAUGGGACUUUAGGCAAUGGCUUCCGCAGACCAGCGCUCACACCUUUCUUUGUCCAAUUCCAAGAGAGAAAGAUGUUUCAUUUAGCUGGAAAUUCUAAUAAAAAAAUCAGUGUUUUUGUACUUCUACAACUUUUUAAAAAAUAAAUGCAAGUUUUAAAUCAAAACGAUAGAGACGUUCCCAACAACUUUGCUGUCAAGGAUGUCAUUUGAACAAAAAAAAAACAUUUUAAAGCUGGAAUCCUAAAUUAAAACAAGUGGUCAUCCCACCUUUUGGGUCAAAAUGAGUGCUAUGUAUGCAAGGACUGACCAUUGAUUAUCUAAAAAUAUAUAUAUAGUUAACCAUAUUGAGGCUUUUCAGUGUUUUAGAUUUACUUUGUCAACAAACCAUGGAGUACAACAAGCUUAUAUUUUGGGUUCUGAUUGGGUAAGUGAUAUAUGGCCAAUUUACCACGGCUAAGGGCUAUUCUUAUGCGCAACGUGAUGUGCCUGAAUGGGAAAUGCUCCAAAACAAUUAUGGACAUUCAAUUAUGGACAUUCACAGAACACUGGAUAUAUUGAAGCACAAUUUUCUAUCCUGCUUCAUUUCUGUUAAAAUGACUGAUUUUUGUAAAUAUUUGGUUCAUUAAAGAUUACUGAUAUGGCAAUGAA